AUGGGUACCAAUGAGCAGCAGCAGCAACAAGAGGGGGGCCCCCAGCCUACCCCUAUGGAUAUUAUUGUAGAAGAAGGAAAUGGGGGGCCCCCCUGCAGCAGCGAGGGUACUGCAGCAGCAGCAAAUUCUGCUGCUGCAUCUGUAGGGGGUACUACGAACACAGAAGAGGGUACCCAAGAGGGAGGGGAGGCCGAAGGGCAAGAGGGCCCCCCCGUUACAGGGGCCCCCCAAGAGGGAGAAGGGGCCCCAGGGACAGGUGGGACACCAGAGGCAGGAGGGGGGGCCCCCGAGGGAGAGGGGCCCCCCGAGGGGCCCUUUGAUGAGGAGGCAGAGGAAUGGUAUGUCCUCCUCCCCCCUGAUGCCCUUGCUGUAUUAAAGAAAGAGCAGCAGAGGCAGCUAGAACUGCAGCAGCAGCAGCAAAAAGAGCAGCAAGAACAGCAGCAACAGCAACAGCAGCAGCAGCAGCAGCAGGAAGAAAAAGGAGAGAAAGACCAGCAGCACCAGCAGGAAGAAAAAGGAGAUAAAGACCAGCAGCAGCAGCAGCAGCAGCAGCAGCAGGAGUCUGUUAGUGUAUCAGCAACCGAUACAAAUCCUGCUGCAUCUAACAACAACACCAACAGCAGCAGCAGCAGCAGCAACAACGACAACAGCAGCAGCAGCAGCAGCAGCAGCAGCAGCAGCACAGAGGAGGAGAGUGGUAUACAGCAGCAGCAGCAGCAAGAAGAAGAAGAAGAAGAAAUAGCAAAUAGAGCAGCAAUUGCAGCAGAAAUGCAUGCACAAGAGGAGUUUGCUGCUGCAGCUGCUGCAUGUAUACCUG